GACGGGAGCAACCUUAUAUCCCGAUGGCAGAUCACUCCACCCCAGCUUCUCGACUCUUCAAGCCACGAUGUAAGUGCACGUUCACGUAGAUGCUGCAGGUUUGAGUCGCCGUUGUAAACACGUUAUUUCCCAUGACCAAUAAACAUUUUUGCUUCCCCAAAACGAGGCGUGCGUCGGGGCUUCUUGUGGUCCUCGGGUCCCAUCGGUCAAACGGUCUUCUGCGCCUGUCGUUGGAAUGUGGUCACACCACGCAACGCAUUCCUGACGACGAUUCAAACCGGGUCCAGGCUCUUCGCCCGGCCGUGCUCGCCAGCCGAGCAGUAGUACGUAGGGGAAAUUGUUAUGACUUACGAUGUGGAGAUUGGCGUGGUAGGCGUGGGCGUGGGCUCGCGAAUCUGCGUCGUCCCCCCCCAAAGGAAGGAACCCAAGCCAAGUCAAAGUGCAUUCGAGGCCGGGCCGGCAGCAGCAGCAGUAGUAGCAGCAGACACGCGACGACUUUGAUUUUCUCGCGAUCCCCCCCUCCCCACUCCUUUUUUCACUCUCUUUAUACCAGAGCAAAAGGUGAUUCAUUGCUCAGACGGCGUCAGAUACACGACGACGACGACGACGGAGUGACGAGGUCGAAGCCCACGACGACGACGAAAGACGACGAAGGACGACGACGACAAAAAAGGUGGGACGAAAAUAGGUCGGACCGGACUAGACGGCAUGAAGGCUGGCUAUGUGUGGUGAGAGGGACGAGGAUCACGGACACCAACCACCCAACAGACCACCCGCGACAACGACGACGACGGUAUUUUCGUGAACAGCACCGGCCUGGGUUUCUCUUGCUUGAGGAAUAGUGCACCACCACACACUCUUUUCUUUGCUUUCGUGUUUUGUUACCCGCGGAGCCAUCAUCCAUGAUGGACUCGGCAUCAGCGGCGGCCCUCGCGCGCCGCCAGGGCACCCCCUCCGGGGGGGGCCUGGGGCUCAGCUGGCUGCUCGUCAUCGCCAUUGGUGGCGGCCUCAUCUUCUUCCUAGCGCUGGGCAUGCUGCUGAGCUGGUGGGUGAAGCGCCGCUUCGGCCCCUGCACGACCAAGGUGUACUCUGUGUCGAUGGAGGAGGUCACCAGCACGGGUAGGAAGGGCGGCAAGAAAGGUCGUGGUCUUCCGACGCGUCUGACCAAGCGCCGUCUGCUUGACGCCUCGCAGACGAACCUGCACUCGGCGUGGUCGAGCCGCUUCAGCAGCCGGCUGUCGCUCACGGGGACGACGGCCAUGGGCGGCGCCGGUGCGGCGGUGCCGCCUAUGCCGACGUAUGGCGGCGGUGGUGAUGGCAGUGGUGGACUGGGGAGGAACCAGAGCGGGAGGAGGCCGCGGAUCGGACAGAUCUUGGCUCGAGGACGAGGUCGAGGCGGGAAGGAUGGUGGCGAUGAUGAGAUUUUUGAUGUGGAGGGGGCCAGCGGGAGCGACGGCAGCGCGGGGACGACGACGACGACCAUGAUGAUGAUGGCGGGGGCGAACGGCGCGGGCGAGCAGACUCCUCGGGAGGAUGGAGAGGCGGCAGCAGCAGCAGCGACAGCGACGACGACGGCCGGGGCCAACAACAGGGCGGCCGAGGGAGGAGGAGGGUUUCUGCGUGAGAGCACGAACUUCUGGCGCAACAGCGAGCGCUGGAGCCGCAACAGCUGGUACGCCUUCUUUGGCAAGAUUUCGACGAUGCCGCGCUUCCCGUCGCUGCAGAGCAUCAAGAUGGAGGGGAGGGACGUGGAGAUGCAGGGAGACCAGCAGCAGCAGCAGCAGCAGCAGCAGCAUGAUGGUGGUAUGGAGGAGCCGAUCGUUGAUGAGCAGCUGCAACAACAACAAGAGGAGCAGCAGCAACGGCAGCAGCAGCACGCCCACUACCAGCUCUUCCCGCAGCUGCAGCCACACCAGCAGAAGCUCGACGAGUACCGCGGACAGACGUUCCACCAGCAGCAGCCGCAGCCACCACCACCAGCACUGCUCCAACAGCAACAGCAGCAACAACAGCAACAACAGCAGCAGCAGCAACAACAGCAACAGCAGCAGCAGAAGCCCAAGCAGGAGCUCAACAUCCCCAAGCGGCGCAGCAAGGACGCGGCCACGCUGCGGACGCUCAACGGCAUGGGGGCGGCGCCGCAUCUGCCCCCGCCGCCGCAGCGCCAGGAGCACUACCUGCAGCAGUUCCAGCAGCUGUCGCAGGACGAGCAGCAGCGGCAGCUCAUGGAGUUGCAGCAGCAGAUGGCGCAGCAGAUGCAGCUGAUACAGCAGCAACAGCAGCAGCAGCAAGACCAAGAUCAGCAGCAACAAGGGCCGCAGCCACAGCAGCAGCAGCAGCAGCAGCAGCAGCAGCAGCAGCAGCAGCAGCAGCAGCAGUGGUGGUCGCUGCAGUGGCCGUACCACAGCCCGCAGCACUCGCCGCAAAAGGCGAGCCAGCCCGCGUCGUCUUCGUCACUGUCGGCACAGCAGCAGCAGCAGCAACAGGACUCGGCGGCGGCGACGGCGGCGGCUGAAGACGCGCCCCGUGGCCGCGGCCGCCGGCUCUCCUCGCAGACGCACGCGCGGCGGUCCACCGUCGCGGACGCGGACCUGCGUAGCAUCCUGCGCUCGACGGACCAGCGGCUGCGCCAGGGCACCAGCCGCUCGCCCAACAAGCACAACAGUAUCAACAAGGGUAACACCGCGGCGGCGUCGUCAAACUCCCCGUCGCGGGCGUCGCGCGCUGGAGCGGGCCAGGUCCAGGUCCAAGCCGCAGCGACGCGCAGCUCCAACUCGUGGCGCCCGAGCAGCUCGGCGUCGGGGUCGGCGUCAACGGCGGCGCGCGGCACGGCGGGAGGGCGCGUCAGCCCCGUCAAGAGCCGUUCCGGCAGCGUCUCGCCCGUCAAGGGCCAGCUCUCGCGGAGCGGGUCGGCGGCGUCCAUCUCCAGCGCGGCCAACAGCCUCCUCGCCGAGGCCAUGGAGCAGCUCCUGCUGCCCGGCGGGACGAACAGCCCGAGCCGCGCUCAGAGCGGCAUGGACUGGGAGCUCCAGGGCGGCGGGGGAGCGUGGCAGAGCCAGCGCAGCCCGCAGCAGAGCAACAACGCCAGCCCCGAGAGGUCCUCGCAGGCGAGCCCGCGCCGCGCCCAGCAGCAGCAGCAGCAGCAGUCCGGGUCUGUCACGCCUCAGAGGAGCCCGCAGCGAGGAAGCCAGCAGCAGCAGCAACAGGGCAGCCCGCAGCGCGUCACUCCCCAGCGGAGCCCUCAACGGAACGCGCAGAGAAGCCCCCAGCGCAGUCCCCAGCGCAGCACGCAAAAGAACACCCAGAGGGCGCCCCAGCGCACCCUCUCCAAGCGCCGCUCCGUCGAUAGCGACGCCUCAAGCUCCCUCUCGACGCUGUACAGCGUGGGCGAGCCCGAGGAGAGGAACAGCGGCGCGAGGCACGCCGAGCCGCAGGGCGACGACGCGGACCCCUUUGUCGACCGCGCGCCCUCGCCGCACCGCUACCCAAACGUCCACGACCGCAAGGCCGUCUCGGGCCCUCGCCCGCUGCAGCGCGCCAACUCGGUCAGCCCGCGCAACCUCCUGACCCGCCGCGAGGUCGAGUCGCCGCUGCCCAAGCCGCUGCGUCCCAUCUCCGCCAACUUCCAGCCCGGCCACGGCAUUCGUCGGUCCGUGACGUUCCUCCCGCCCAAGCUGCAGCUGUGCGAGGAGACGCGCCCCAAGGAGGCGGCGGCGGCGGCGGUGCCCGCUGAGAGAGCCUCUACCGCAGAACCCGCACUCAUGUCGCCAUCCGAGGCGAGCUUCACCACCGAGUCGGUCCACAGCGUCGACUCGGACAAGACGGAGACGGCGGCGUGCGAGACGCCCCGCCCCGAGAGCGCCCUGAACAGCGAGCGCACGUCUCCGCCCAUGAGCCUCCUGACACCCAGGCGCGGCAGCCGCGCCUCGGACGUCUCGUCGUCGCCGUACAACGAGCACGACAUCCUGUCCAUGCUUCUGUCAGCGUCUGGCCCGCGGCGCGCCCUGCCUACGCCGCCUACGACCACCGUGACGGCGCCCGACGGCUCUGUCGUGUCCACGCCGCUGUCGCCGCGCCCCGUGGAUAGGGGCGAGCGUAACUCUGCCGUGCUGGAGCGCAAGAACUCGGAGGCGAGCUCCUACUACUCGACCGCGCCAACCGACGUCAGCCUCGCGGUCGCGUCCAACGGCUCGCCGCGGCGGUCCGCGGUCAAGGCCGCGAGGGAGCAGAUCGAGAAGCGCGAGCAGGACAAGGACGAGUCCCUGGCAAACAGACAGUCGCAGGACGUCGCAUCCACCAUCGCGGCCCUGCGUCGGAUGAACAGUGUCGUCAGCUCGCAGAGCCUGGGCUCCAUCGCCUCGACCAUCAUGGGCGGUGGCAGCGAGGCCGCCGACCCGCUGACGGACAGCCAGGAGGGCCCGUCGACGCCCAGCGCCCGCGUCCGCGUUCCGCUCGGCACGCCGCGCUCGCUGCCUCAGUCCAAGACCAUCGGCAGCCGCCACUACUUCAACCUCGGCAAGAACAGCCCGACCAAGAACUCCGCGCGCAUGCUCGGUGGCGGCGGCGGCGGUGGCCACAGGAAGACCGUCUCCGCGGACCCUCGCUUCAGCGGAAUGGUGUUACUCAAGGCCAACGGCAGCAUUGGCAGCAGCAGUAGCAGCAGCGCCGGUGGCAGGAAGCGCGACGUCAGCCAGAGCCCCACGAGGAGACAGCAGCAUCAUGUGCGCUCUGACGGAUCGCCACGGCGUCGCAAGGACGGCCGCACGCGAGGGUCCAACCUGAGCCGCGAGCCGUCCACUGCGUCCUCAGCGGCCCCUUCCAACGCGACCACAACCACCACGUCGUCGACAUGGGCUCCGAGCAAGGUCAAGCUCACGCCGGCCAAGUACCUCGCCGCCGAGGAGAUGCGCCGUGUCGAGCGGCGGUACAGCAGCGACAGCAGCAAGAGCUCGAGCGUCCAGGACAAGGAGGGCUUCCUGCUCUCGUCGCCCGAGGGCAAAGUGCAGCGUCGAUGGAUGAGGAUGUAAUCGAGAUGCUGCUGCCGCACCUUUUCAACUAAUGGCCGCUUCAGAAUGAGCCGAACUUCUUCAAAAC